AUGUGGAACAGUAAUGUGCCGGUAUCCGAAGAUUGUCUUUACCUCAAUUUAGUUGUACCAGGACAAAUCAAUCAAAAUGCUCGAUUACCGGUUAUGGUUUGGAUAUACGGUGGAGGUUUUUGGUCCGGAUGCAUAUCAUUGGAUGUUUACAAUCCAAAAAUAUUAGCUAGCGAAGAGAAUGUGAUAUUUGUUGCAAUGAAUUAUCGUGUCAGUGUGUUUGGCUUUCUAUAUAUGGGUCGAGAAGAAGCGCCUGGUAAUAUGGGCCUAUGGGAUCAACUUCUUGCAUUGAAAUGGGUUUGA